AUGGGUUUGAGUGGCUUGGAGCGGGUGAGCGGAUACUCAGUCGUAACUGGGCCUGCAGGACGAAGUAUUUACGAAGACAUGAUUCACGAGUUGGCGGAGAAUGCUCAAUUCAUCACCACUACGUUCCGACCGGAACUGCUGGAAUCUGCGGAGAAAUAUUAUGGCGUAAAGUUCAGAAAUAAGGUUUCCCACAUUGAUGUGGUAACAAAGGAGCAAGCGUACGACUUUGUUGAAGAUGAUACUACACAUGGAUGA